ACCUUUAACAUUUCCCAUAGUUCUUCAAACAACGCAUUAUAAUUAAUAUCCAUGAUGAGUGAGAAGAUAGACGCCGGAAAAUUCUUUCGCCGUGGAUUCACGGCGACGGAGAUGGAAUCACUUGCCGCCGUGUGCGAGACGAUAUUACCUCCUCUGUCGCCGGAAUAUUCCGAUGCCGGGGAAGAUGAUCAUCCAAAGAAGGAGGCUCUCAAGUCUUUCUACACAAAGUCGGGGUCUCAAUCCCAUGUUCUACAACAGACCGUCGAGUUAAUUACAAAACGGGGGCUAAUAGAAGUAGUGCUUGGAGUGAGACUGGUUUUACUUCUACUGUCCUCAAGGCUCGGAACUCUAGUCCUCUGCGGGACCCACUGUUUGGUCACGAACUGGCCUUUUGUCGAAAGAUUUGGAAGCCUCUCGUUGGAGAAGAGGGAAAGGGUUCUUCAGAAAUGGUUCAGAAACAAGCUUUUGGCUGCCAUAAGAGUAGCCUUCGUCUACAUCAAAGUCACUUUUCUCUUCUGUUUCUUCUCUUGGGUCGGUCUGAAUGGUGAAAACCCGGCAUGGGAGGCCAUUCAGUACCAGGUGAACCUCGAAGAGAGCAAAACCUCCAACAUUCUGAAAGAGAGACCUCUUGAGAAAGGAAUGGUAGAGACAAUGAAAGAGACAGACUUAACUCUUCCCAAAUCACUGUCGGAGAAAGGCCUAGAAGUAACUUCUGGUUCGAACCAUGAUCCGAUCAAGAUCAAAUGUGAUGCUGUCAUCGUUGGUUCUGGUUCAGGGGGAGGAGUGGCGGCCGCUAUUCUAGCAAGUGCUGGUCUGAAAGUGGUGAUUCUCGAGAAAGGAAGAUACUUUGCACCUUCUGAGUACAACCCUUUGGAGGGUCCUGGAUUGAGCCAACUGUAUGAAUCAGGACGUGUCCUCCCAACUGUUGAUGGAAAUCUCAUGAUCCUAGCUGGAGCAACCAUAGGUGGGGGCUCAGCUUUGAGUUGGUCGGCCUGUAUCAAAACCCCUGAAUCCGUGCUUCAAGAAUGGGUUAAAGAUCACAAAAUACCGUUUUUCGGGACUCAAGAAUAUGUCUCGGCCUUGGAUGCAGUGAGCAAGAGGAUCGGUGUAACUUAUAGAUGCAAUGAGGAGAGCUUUCAGAAUCAAGUUCUGAGAAAAGGGUGUCUAAAUCUCGGACUCAAAGUAGUGAAUGUGCCACGAAACUCCUCAGAGAAUCAUUACUGUGGAUCGUGUUUCUAUGGUUGCAAACAAGGGGACAAACAAGGAAGUGAUCGGACAUGGUUAUUAGAUGCGGUGAAUCACGGGGCUGUUGUCUUAACGGGAUGUAAAGCCGAGAGACUAAUUAUAGAAAAGAAUAUGGACAAAGAUUUCAAUGGAAAGAAGAUGAAGUGCUUGGGAGUGAUGGCGAAAACUUUAAUUGGACACGUAUCAAAGAAACUGCAGAUCGAAGCCAAAGUAACAGUUGUGGCAUGUGGGGCUCUCUUAACACCUCCAUUGAUGAUCAGAAGCGGUUUAAAGAAUCGUAACAUAGGUCGGAACCUUCAUCUGCAUCCUGCUCAAGUUGCAUGGGGGUACUUCCCAGAAAAGGAAACCUCUCAUCUCAAAGGAAAUAUCUACGAGGGCGGGAUAAUUACAUCAGCCAAUAAGGUCUUAUCAGAAGAUUCUAAAGUUAGAGCACUUAUAGCAACACCGACUUUUGGACCAUCCUUGUUCACUGCCCUUUCUCCAUGGAGUUCAGGUCUCGACAUGAAGAACCGAAUGACAAAGUAUUCAAGAACCGAAAAUCUUGCAACAAUGGUGAGGGAUCGCGAGUUUGGAGAGAUCAAAACAGAGGGAAGGAUAAAAUACGCUUUGGACAAGACCGACAAAGAGAACAUCUUGGCGUGAAUGAGACAGUCCCUAAGGAUAUUGAUAUCAGCAGGAGCAGUACUGCUACUUCACGGGUUUAGGGUUUAGGGUUAUUUUAGGGUUUAGGGUUUAGGGUUUAGGGUUGUAGAUUUUAGGGUUUCUUUAGUG